CUCACUUCCUCUUUCCUGCCUAGUGGGGACUCUAGGGUCCUCUGACACAGACAUGCUACGAAAUGACACCCCUUUUGCGGAAUAACUAAAAGCAGGAAACACUCUAUAAAGGGAAGUGAACGAGUGAGAAGCUCAGAGGUCAUCUAGACAAGCAGAAGGUGCAGGCCCGCCCGGGCUCAGGCAGAGCUCCGAGUGUCCUGCUGGGAUCCCACGGUGCUCUCUGGUCUUCGGUGACAGGGGCCAGGAGCCGGGAAGAGGACCAUGUGGCUGCUGUCCCCGGUUCUAUUCCUUCUCAGCCUCCCAGGCUGCUUUUCCAUCCGAGGCCCAGGCGCCGUGACCGGCAGGGAGCAGGGCUCGCUGACCGUGUGGUGUCACUACCGGCCAAAGUGGAUGACCUACAAGAAGUACUGGUGUCGUGGAGCACAGUGGCCUUUUUGCCAGGUCCUCGUGGAGACCAAAGGAUCAGAGCAGGAGGUGACGAAAGGCAGGGUGUCCAUCAGGGACGACCAGAAAAACCACUCGAUCCUGGUGACCAUGCAGCACCUCAGGCAAGAAGACAAUGACACCUACUGGUGCGGGAUUAACAGAUCCGGAAGUGACCCUGGAACAUCUAUUCGGGUGAUGGUCGUCCCAGGGAACGUGGUGUCCAGGUCCAUUGCCAGCAGCUACGCAGAGGUGUCCUUUCGCUCCCACAUCCGGCACUACUACAUGCUCCUGGUGUUCGUGAAGGUGCCCAUCUUACUGCUCGUGGUCGGUGCCGUCCUCUGGCUGAAGGAGCCUCAGAGCGUCUCCAAGGAGCAGACGGAGGAGCCCAUCUAUUCGAACUUGUCCUGAGACCUGACCACAGACACGGCCCCUUAGACAGACGGGUGAGAAGGCCCUUUCGAGCCUGGACACCAUUCGCAGGAGAGACACGGACUGGGGAAGGGACCCUCUGGACACCUCUGGGUCCCCUGGGGGCUGGCCGACUCCCUCCCCGCUCUGCACAGCUCAGGGGCACAGCUCAGCCCCUCCCUACCAUCGCUGCCGCCAGCAGGGCCGUCGGGACCUUGCGCCACUGCUCCGGGUAGAAAACAGCCUGCCCACACCCUCCGGGGGUCGUCAGGUCCCGAGCUGCUGCGGUGGAGCCCCAGCUCGGACAGCUGCGUCCUCACAGCCUGCCGGAGGAGCCCGACCCCGGGGCUGGGGACCGAAGCACGGGGAGAAGCAGAAGCCGCAGGAAUGGGAGGGGCAGGGGACAGAGACAGAGCCCUGGCCGGUCCCCGGUUCCUGUCAUCCCUGAGACCCCCUCCGCACCCGAUACGCCUGAGCUUCUGAUCCAUGCAUUAAGUUUUAAAAUGUAUUCUGAUUAUGUUUUGCUAAUCCGGUUGGGUUUCAGCGGCUCUUGUCCACGAGAACACUGACUGAUACACACGUGAACGGGGUAAUUCUGUGAGCUCCUGGCUCUGGGGCCUGAGUGGAUGGACGUCUCUCUGCCCAGCGAGUGCACUGCUCUGAGCACCCAGCGCUGAGGAGGGACCGGGAGCCUCGCGGGGCCCAAUGGCGGGGCUGGCCUUCUGCCUCCCCCGCCUCCUCCUCCUCCUCCUGCAUCCUGGCCCCCUGCACCCCUGCACCCCCACACCUCAGGGCUGGGGCAC